UGUAAUCAAUUUCCUUCCAUUUUCCGUCAACCUUCCGUUCUUCACAAGGAAGUUCACAAAUAAGAACCCCUCUUCAUGCCCGCAAAGAAUUGCAUACCAAAACAAGAUGGCCAUCUCUUCCUCCGAAACCAAUCUAGCCACCGCGAAGACAUUCCUGUCAACCGCGGCCUCCGUCGCAGCCACGUUUAUGCUAGCUCGAUCAAUUGCUCAAGAUUUCUUACCCUGUGAAUUCCAUGAUUACUUUCUCUUAAAUAUUCGCAAGUUCUUUAAUCGUUUCUCGUCCCAACUCACCAUGGUUAUUGAUGAAUUUGAUGGUUUUGCUCACAACCAACUAUACGAGGCAGCAGAGAUUUACUUGGGCAGCAAAAUAUCUCCAUCAACACAAAGAUUCAAAGUAAGCAAACCCGAGAAAGAAAAAAAUUUCACUGUGAAAAUGGAAGGGAAUGAAGAAAUCAUAGAUGUCUUUCAAGGUGUGAAAUUCAAGUGGGUUUUUGUUUGCACACAAGUCGAGUCAAGAAACCAUUUCCACCGAUUUGAUCACCAGUACUCCACAUCAGAAGUGAGAUAUUUUGAGGUAAGUUUUCCCAAAAAACAAAAAGAAAUGGCUCUCCAAUCUUAUUUGCCUUAUAUUGUCAACGAAUCAAAAUCCAUGGAGCAAGUGAAGAAGACAUUGAAGAUUUUCACCGUUGACUAUCAGAACAUGUAUGGAAAUUUAACUGAUGCAUGGAAACCAGUGAAUCUCGAUCAUCCUGCUACUUUCGAAACACUUGCCAUGGACCCAGAACUCAAAGACACAAUCUUGAAAGAUCUUGAAAGGUUUUUGAAGAGGAAAGAUUAUUAUAGGAAGGUAGGAAAGGCUUGGAAAAGAGGGUAUUUGUUGUAUGGGCCGCCAGGGACUGGAAAAUCAAGCUUGAUCGCUGCAAUGGCUAAUUAUCUGAAUUUUGAUAUAUAUGACUUGGAGUUGACUGACCUAAGGUGCAAUUCGGAGCUUAGAAGGUUGCUUAUUGCCACUGCUAAUCGGUCAAUAUUGGUGGUGGAGGAUAUCGAUUGCACAAUUGAGCUGCAGGAUCGAUUGGCUGAAGCAAGUGCUGCACAAUCUCACGGUUAUCCACCGCAAAAUCAGAUGACAUUGUCAGGAUUUCUUAAUUUCAUAGAUGGAUUAUGGUCUAGUUGUGGUGACGAACGAAUCAUAAUUUUCACAACAAAUCACAAAGAAAAGCUAGACCCAGCAUUGCUGCGACCUGGAAGAAUGGAUGUUCAUGUUCAUAUGUCUUACUGCACCCCAAGUGGAUUUAGACUUCUUGCUGAUAAUUACCUUGGGAUCAAAGACCACUUAUUGUUUGGAGAGAUUGUGGACUUGAUUAGCACAGCACAAGUGACACCAGCAGAAGUGGCAGAGCAACUGAUGAGGAGUGAUGAACUUGAGACUGUGCUUAAUGAUUUGAUUCAAUUUCUCAGUGUGAAAAGGAAAGAAAUUGAGGAAGAAGAAAAGGCUAAACGAAUCAAAGGAGAAUCAGAGGUUAACAAAGAAGAAGAUCAAGCUGUGGAACGAGCCAAGUCUGUCAAGGAUGAGGAAACUUGUAAUGAUGAUGGCGAAAGAGCAAUUAUUGUCUAGUGCCUAAUAAUUGGUGGUCUUUUUUUUUUUUUUUUUAGCAGCUAAUAAUCAGUGAUGUUAAAUUUUAGAUUUAACCAUAGAAAUGGGUUUCUUGUGCAGCCCAAUUCAAACUUAAUAUUUUUCAAAUAUGAGCCCCAUGGUCAUUUUCGGGCUAUUGGGUGGUUUUUGAACUCCGA